AUGCGAUUGCGGUGUUUUAUCUUGGAGACUCUCUCCUUGCUGCUUGGAUCACGCAUAGCUUUAUCUGCGCCCUCCGGCUUUCCCAGUUCGGGUAACGGCCUCUGGUACACUGCUCCUGGAAAUUCUUGGCAAUCGGAGUUUCUACCAAUCGGCAAUGGGUAUCUCGCAGCAAUGAUCCCUGGUGGGACAGACAGAGAAGUCACACAGCUGAACAUUGAGUCACUUUGGAGUGGUGGGCCGUUUGAAGAUCCUUCAUAUAAUGGGAGCAACAAGGCUUUCGACCAACAAGCAGCAUUAGCUCAGGAUAUGCGCAAUAUCCGUUCUGCUAUCUUCUCAAGCCCGACAGCAACCAUUGAUAAUGUCGAAAUACUCGCUGCCCCAAUUGGUGCUUAUGGCUCAUACGCCGGCGCUGGAUAUCUGAUUUCCACUCUUGAUGUCACUGGAACUGUUUCUGACUACGGGAGGUGGUUGGAUAUGGACUCCGCCCUUGUCCAUACCCAAUGGACUCAAAAUGGCAGUUCUUUUAUUCGGACGUCGUUCUGCUCACACCCAGCGCAAGCGUGCGUCGAGCACAUCAAUACGACGACAUUCUCGCUCCCUGGCUUAACGUAUGCCUUCUCUCCCUACACCGAGGAUGGACUUCCAACGCCCAAUAUCACCUGCCUCGAUGAGUCGACACUUCAGGUUCGCGGGAAGGUCGCAGAUCCAGGGAUGACCUAUGAGAUCCUCGGGCGCAUCCAGGCCACCUCCUCAUCUUCCGGUGUCAUCCCCAAAAUCACUUGUACGUCCACUACUGACGGUACCGUCAACGCGACGGUGUCCGUAGUUGGAGCACAAGAGGCUUGGAUCACGUGGGUCGGCGACACCGACUAUUCUUUGGAUGCGGGCGACGUAACGCACGGAUUCUCGUUCCGGGGAGCCGAUCCGCACGCCAAGCUUGUCACCAUCAUCUCUACUGCCGCUUCUUCCAACGUCAACGCGACUACACCUUCGUCCGGUUACACGUCACUCCUUUCGCAGCAUGUGAUCGACUACCAGAAGGUAUUUGGCGGGUUCGAACUUUCCUUGGGUCAAAAGCCGGAUUUUAAUACACCGACGGACGAAUUGUAUAAUGCCUAUACGACGGACGUAGGGGAUCUGUACGUAGAGUGGUUGUUGUUCAAUUUCGGGAGAUAUCUGCUUGUGGGAAGUGCGAGGGGGACUUUGCCAGCGAAUUUGCAAGGCAAAUGGGCGGACGGUACUUCAAACCCUUGGAGUGCAGACUAUCAUGCCAAUAUCAACACGCAAAUGAAUUAUUGGGCCGCUGAGACGACAGGCUUAGAUGUAUCACAAUCUUUGUGGGAUUAUAUGGAGAAGACUUGGGCACCUCGGGGUGCUGAGACUGCCCAGAUAACAUACAAUAUUAGCAAGGGUUGGGUCACACAUAAUGAGAUGAACAUAUUUGGGCAUACUGGAAUGAAGCUUUCUGGUAAUUCUGCUCAGUGGGCAGACUAUCCUGAAUCGGCAGUCUGGAUGAUGGUUCAUGUUUGGGAUCAUUUUGACUACACCGGCGACGUCGCCUGGUGGAGAGAUCAGGGCUGGCCCCUUCUCAAGGGCGUAGCCGAAUUUCACUUGGAGAAGCUCAUCCCGGACGAGCACUUCAAUGACUCCACCCUCGUUGUUGCGCCAUGCAACUCUCCAGAGCAAACUCCUAUUACGUUUGGAUGCGCUCAUGCGCAACAGCUUAUUUGGCAGUUGCUCAAUGCAGCGGAGAAGGGGUUUGCAGCAUCAGGAGAUACAGAUCAAGCCUUCCUCAAUCAGGUGAGGCAAGUCCGAGCUCAAAUGGAUAAGGGUAUUCACAUCGGCUCUUGGGGUCAAUUACAAGAAUGGAAGUUCGAUAUGGACUCUCCGACGGACACUCAUCGUCAUCUCUCGCACCUUGUCGGAUUGUACCCAGGUUACGCUGUCGCGAACUUUGACCCCGCUGUGCAGGCAGGCAUAAAUUAUACUCAGGCCGAUGUUUUGGGUGCGGCGACCAUCAGCUUGAUUCAUCGUGGUAAUGGUACUGGACCAGAUGCGGAUUCGGGGUGGGAGAAGAUUUGGCGCGCCGCAGCUUGGGCACAGUUGAAGAAUGCAACAGAGUUCUAUCAUGAAUUGUCGUAUGCAAUUGAUAUCAACUAUGCUACAAAUCUGUUUAGUCUUUAUUCGUCGGGCAGCACAAUAUUCCAGAUAGACGCAAAUUUGGGAUACCCUGCUGCUGUCAUGAAUGCGCUUGUUCAAGCGCCCGACGUUGCCUCCUACUCAAAUGAUCUCACAGUAACCCUCUUGCCUGCGCUGCCGAGCAAAUGGUCAUCGGGAUCUAUCACAAGCGCACGCAUCCGUGGUGGAUUGAGAUUGGACAUGCAAUGGAGCAGUGGCAAGCCCACGAAAGCAACCAUCUUCUCUGAUCGUGCGGCGCAACCGAGGUCAGUGAACGUUGUGUAUGCUGGCGAAGUCAUCAGCAGCUUCUGGACAGGAGGGUCCGCCACACACCUGAUCUCAUUUUGAGAUCCAUCUUGAUGCUGAUACAUGGGAAUUCACGAGUGUCCGUAUUAUUUCCAUGAAAUGUUCUUGUUAUGAUUUUUUGG